AUGACAUACUCCUUCUCCAAAGGAUUUCGUCACGUGAUUCCCUACUAUUACACACACUCAAUCCCGAGCAAAGGCCGGUGGUUUGGAAAAACCGUACUUGACGUUCUCUCCACCGAGUUCUCCUCCGUAUACCCCUCGGACCAUCUGAGACAAACAAUCGAUGCAGGAAACAUCAAGUUGAUUCGCAGAGACAAGCUGAGCGAGCCCGCAACAGAAUACACAGAUUGGGAGUCUUUGUCGACCCACGUGUUCAAAAACGGCUCGAUUCUGGAGAGUCGAGUGCAUAGACAUGAACCGGCAGUUCCAACAAGGGACGAGAAGCCCAUCAGAAUCGUGUUUGAAAACGAUGCGCUUGUGGUGGUCGACAAACCAGGAGGAAUUCCGGUUCAUCCGACCGGAAAGUAUUUGUUCAACUCGGUCAAGGAGAUUUUGAAACAUGAAACGGGAUUGGAGGAAUUAUAUCCGGCCCACAGACUCGACAAAAACACCACCGGAGUGCUGGUAUUUGCAAAAACAAGUGAAUCGGUCAACCACGUGACCCAGCAGAUUAUGAGCCGCUCGGCCAAAAAGGAGUAUCUGGCUCGAGUCAAGGGCAGGUUUCCCCCCGGGCGAGUAGAGACUCACCACCCGGUGGUGGAAAACACCAUCAAACGAAAUGUACAGCCAAAAGACGCCCAUACGGCUUUUGAGCGAGUCGCAUACGACGAGCACCGUGACCUCAGCAUCGUCCGAUGUCUUCCUUCUACUGGUAGAAAUCAUCAAAUUCGGCAGCAUUUGUUACAUCUUGGAUAUCCUAUCGAGAACGAUAGGGAGUACAAUCCGGAGUUGGCGGGUGUCAAGAGGAGGAAGAAGGUUGAAGAGGGGGUUUGUGACCAAUGUGGGUUACCUAUUUAUCAGGAUUACCACGAUGAGUUGUAUUUGCAUGCCCAAAAGUACACGUUGGAGGAAGGUGUUUUUGAGACUGAGGUGCCCGAGUGGGCUGAGUUGAAAGACUCCAAAGGGACCGAGUGGUGA